AUUCCGUUCAGUGUUUUUCAGACAUUUAACUUUAUGGUCUUUUAACUGCUCAGCUUUCAAUGUUUUCCUCAUUCAUUUCCAGUCUUUAGAAAGUAUCUGCGGGAGAAAAAAAACUGCUAUUUAAAAUAAACUAAAAUGUCUUCAUCAAAAAACCAACAGUAUACAGGUGUCCCGUACAAAGGGCUUCUGAACCAGGGGUCGACCUGCUACCUGAACAGCGUCCUGCAGGUGCUCUUCAUGACACCAGACUUCAGAGAAGCCCUCCAGAGAAGCCCCCCCGGAUCACUAGAUAGUCAUCUGAAGGAGCUUUUUGAUGAAUUGAAGAAUUAUGACUGCAAUACUUAUAAAAUCACAAAGGCGCUGGGAAUCACUGAUGUGCAUGUUCAGGCUGAUGCUGCUGAAUGCUUUGAGAACAUAUUGAGGAAUAUAACCAAUCCUGAAGCGUCUCAGAUAUUUCAGGGUGUGCUGAGAGUCAAGAACAAAUGCUCCAAAUGUGACACUGAGACAUGUGAUGAUAAUCCAUGCUGGAGUCUCCCUCUGGAACUGGUGGAUUCAGAGGCGGAGUACAGAGUUGAGGACGGCAUCACUCAAUACUUCCAUCCGUCAGAGGUCAGCGGUCCGGACCAGCUGUUCUGUGAGGACUGUGAUGCCAAAACUGAUUCAACAGUUAAACUUGAACUGAAACAACAUCCUGAAGUUCUGAUGCUGCUGCUGAAGAGGUUUAAGUUUGAUUACUAUUAUAUGCAUUAUUACAAAGUGGAGCACAGAGUGGAGCUUCCUCUUAUUCUAGAGAUUCAGGUAAGAUGCACAAUCUGUUAUGUUCACUAUUUUGUUCUGUGUGUUGACCAUUUAAAUCUUUGUAUGUUUUGUUUCCAGAACCAGACAUAUGAGCUGUAUGCAUUUGUGGAACAUCAUGGUUAUUUAAAAUAUGGAAAUUACACUGCAAAUAUCAAGUCCCCCGAGGAUAUGGAAUGGUAUCACUUUAAUGAUGAUAGAGUUAAUCUUUACUAUCAGUUCUUCCAACUGGAUAAAAUUGAGACAUCCCGCAGUGCUUAUCUGCUGUUCUACAGGAAAAUUUCUGCAGAGGAAGCGUUGAUUGAAGAAAGUAAAAAGGAGUGCACACCUGAAUCCACUGAAACACUCAGAGGUGAAACAAAUGAACCAAAAGAAUGUAAUGAGGAGACUGUAGACAGUCAGAGGAGCCAUGAGAUAGUACAGAGCUGUGACAGUGAAGAAAGACAAGAAACAGAGGAGAGUCUUCAGAAGAAGAUAACUAGUGUGGAGAAAGAAGAAGAGUUGAAAGAUCAGAUGAUGAAGAGUUUGAGGAAAGAAGAAGAAAACUUUAGAGAACAGAAGAUGAUGAAUUUGAGGAAAGAAGAAGAAAACUUGAAAGAUCAGAUGAGGAUGAAUUUGAGGAAAGACGAAGAAAACUUGAAAGAUCAGAUGAGGAUGAAUUUGAAGAAAGAAGAAGAAAACUUUAGAGAUCAGAUGAGGAUGAAUUUGAGGAAAGAAGAAGAUCAGAUUAGGAUGAAUUUGAAGAAAGAAGAAGAAAACUUUAGAGAUCAGAUGAGGAUGAAUUUGAGGAAAGAAGAGGGAAACUUGAAAGAUCAGAUGAGGAUGAAUUUGAAGAAAGAAGAAGAAAACUUUAGAGAUCAGACGAGGAUGAAUUUGAGGAAAGAAGAAGAUCAGAUGAGGAUGAAUUUGAGGAAAGAAGAAGAUCAGAUGAGGAUGAAUUUGAGGAAAGAAGAGGGAAACUUGAAAGAUCAGAUUAGGAUGAAUUUGAGGAAAGAAGAAGAAAACUUGAAAGAUCAGAUGAGGAUGAAUUUGAGGAAAGAAGAAGAAAACUUGAAAGAUCAGAUGAGGAUGAAUUUGAGUCAGUUAGAUUAGAAAAUCAAAUUUCUGGAAAAAAAUGUGAUUUUUUAGCAAAGAGAACACCACAUGAAGAGAUAGUGUAUGUAGUACCCAAAAGAAAAUAUAGCAGAGAAUCUGGAGAUGAUCAACAACACAAACACAACGACGAAUAAAUGUCUGAAAGAAAUGGUCAAAACAAACCAACUUUAAAUCGUCCUGAGAGUUCUUCUGAUGAGAAAAAGGAAAGAACCAACAGAUCUAAUGUGGAAAAAAGAGAAGAGUCAGAGAGUUCCUGUAACCGAGAAGAUCACCAAACUGAGCUCUCCAAGAAGAUCCUUCAGUAGGAUGCAACAUGUGAAUUUAACAGUGCUUCUCAACAUUAUAAUUUCAAACAAUGUAGCCCAGAGAUGACACCUGAACACAGAGAUCCAUCAACCUAUGAUCCAGUGAGCUGUUUGACAAACUCUGUAGAGAAAUUGUCUUUAGCAGACAGGUAGGCACAUGAGGGAAAUCUCACAAACAUGCACAAAAAGCCUGCUGAAAAUGUCACUGCUCCCACAGACACUUUGGUUAUUUCAAAUCCUUUUGGUCCCUCAAUGGAACCAAUGAAUCAUAUUUCUGCUCACCAUGAGCCUGCUGGUUCACAGUCAGGUUCUGGAAUCAGAACCAGAACACAGUUCAGGUCUGAAAGUCUGACGCGAGAAACUCAAGAGCUCACAGGUAGUUAUAACUAUAUAGGCUCAGCUGAUCCUAGAGCAAUGGGGGGGGGGGCGUUUUUACCCCAAAACUCAUCAGAUGUGACCAACAACAGUUGAACAUGAAUAUAUUUUUGUUUCAGUCUAAACGUUUACUUUUACUUUGUUAGGUGUUCUUAUUCAGAAAAUCCCAUCCUGUUGAGACAGAAGCAACACUUGAAUUUAAAAUAAGUUAAUAAAAAGCAGUAUUUAUUUAAAAUGAUAUCUUUCGAAAAACAUUUUUGGACUUUUUUAAAAAAAGAUUUCCUCUAAAUACAAACAGACUAUAACAAACAAUAUAUUGCAACAUAGUAGUAUGGAGCAAAAUUGGGCCCAAAUAUUUGAAACUGAAAUAAAAUAUUUUGAAAAAAAUAUUCUGUCGAGGUCCUCCUCUUCCCAGUUCCCCCAAAACACACACUGCAGUUAGGAGUGAUUAAUGACUCCCUCUAUCGGGCCGGACAAGCUCCAUAUGCAAAAUGCUUACUGGUCCUACACAGUACCGCUGCGCUACUGGCGCCAUGUAUUUAACAGUGUUCUGUAGGCUUAAAAACGCCGACCCACCACAUAUCCAUUUCAGCAAGCAUAAGGACGUUUUCUACAACUGUAUUUAACACAAUAAAAUGGCGCUUUGAACGGGAUAGAACAGAGUUUUUGAUGCGCAGUUUGUACGGAAUAAAACUGGUUUUUACACCCUUCUUAGGACAACUUUAAACGAUGAUAGUACAGACUAAACCGCCAUUUUCUGACCGUAAUUAUUACAGUUCAAUGAGUCAGUGAACGCACCGAGACUGAAGUCGCCAUGCAUCGAUUUUGAUUGGUCCUUUGUGUUAGCCCUGCCCCAACGCGCCACGACAGGGCGCUUUGAAACUUUGAAACUUUGAGAUUCAAAAACGAAAUAAAAGAUUUGAAACUGAAAAAAAGAUUUGAAACUGAAAAAAAACGUUUUGAAUUUGAAAUUUUGAGUUUUUAAACCAAUUUUUUUUUUGGCCAAACAUUAAUAUUUUUACCAAAUGUUUUAUUUCGGUUUCAAAUAAUAUUGGCCCAGAUUUAGCUCCAUAUAAUAGUGGUUGGAUUGUACAUGUUGACUUUGUCCCAUUACCUUUAAAGCAUUUAAUCAAACUCCAUUUGGUCAAUCACUAUAUUUCAUGGAAUCAUGAGUGUAUUGUAUAUGUAAGUGUAAAUAAGUCUGUUUGCAUGUUAUUAUGGCAAGAAAAUGGCAUCAUCCUAUUGUCUUUAUUUUCCAAUCGGUUUAUGGAUUUAUAUCUUAAAAAGGUUUGAUUUUUUUUUUCCUUUUUUUAUUGCUUAAAAACAAAGAAAGUUUGUGUGAAGUAUUACAUAGUUGCUGACAAUUUAAAAAAUGUUUUAAAGUACUUUUCAGCUCAAUAGUGUCACAACUUUAAAAUCUUGUUCUGUUGAUACAAUCUUAACGCUUGUGUAUCAAUAUGUGUAAAUAUUAAAACAUUAAAAGUAACAAUUUUUUCUGUUUUUUGACUUGUUUUAUUUUGUUUUGUUUUGUUUUUGGUCAAGAAUGUCUAUUUUUUGUAAUUUUCUGGAGAGUUUUUUUUAUAAUUCUCAAAUUAAGUUUAAAUACGUAUUCCUUACCCAAUCGUUUGAAUGUUUUUAUUUAGUUU